AUGUUGAACCAACAAAAUCGAGAUAAUAAAGACCACAAGGAAGACAACCAAAAAGAUCACGAUAAGCAGGAUCACGAGAAGCAAAAGGAGAAAACGAAAGAGGAAGAAGAGAAAGAGUUUCGAGAAGAGCUUAAGAAGCGUUUGAAGGAGAAGAACCCAAACUUGGACUUGAAUAAUUUGAAUUUCUAUAACAUUGAUCGUGGCACCAUCAAUAAAGUCCUCGGGGGGUUAUUACUUGGAGGAAUACUUAUUGCCAUGCUCGCCUCCAACUCUUCACCCGACCAUGAAAAUGAGUUAUCCUUCCAAGACUUCAAAACCAAAUACUUCAUGAAAGGUUUGGUGACCAAAAUAACUGUAGUCAACAGAUAUUUGGUAAAAGCCGAUUUAAUUCAAGGUGCUGUACUGGACCAAACCUAUCAAGCUUAUAAUGGCAAACCUGCGAUAUAUUUCGCCAUUGGAUCCGUGGAUUUCUUCGAGAAGGAGAUCAAUGAAAUUCAGAAUAACUUGGGAAUUCCUAUCAACGAAAGAAUCCCGAUUUCAUUUAGCGAAAAGGAUGAUUGGAUGAAUUAUGUUUUGCCUAUCUUACCAACACUUCUAUUAAUUGGUGGUAUUUAUUACUUAACCUCUAGGAGACCAAAUUCUCCUGGUGGUGGCGGACCAAACAAUAUCUUUAAAAUAGGUAAAUCAAAAGCAAAAUUGUUCAAUCAAGAGAAUGACGUUAAAAUUAGAUUUAAAGAUGUUGCUGGUUGUGAAGAAUCAAAGGAAGAAAUCAUGGAAUUUGUCAAGUUCUUACAAAACCCAACUAAGUACGAAAAGUUGGGGGCUAAGAUCCCUAGAGGUGCAAUUUUAUCUGGUCCCCCCGGUACAGGUAAAACUUUAUUAGCCAAAGCAACGGCCGGUGAAGCAAACGUCCCCUUCUUAUCUGUUUCCGGUUCGGAGUUCGUUGAAAUGUUUGUUGGUAUUGGUGCCUCCAGAGUUCGUGACUUAUUUAAAACCGCAAGAGAAAUGGCUCCAUCGAUUAUUUUUGUUGAUGAAAUUGAUGCCAUUGGAAGAGAGAGAGGAAAUGGCAGAAUGGGAAAUGACGAAAAAGAGAACACAUUGAAUCAAUUAUUGGUCGAAAUGGAUGGAUUUGAAUCCUCUGACCAUGUUGUUGUUUUAGCAGGUACUAACAGAGUUGACAUAUUAGAUAAGGCAUUAUUAAGACCCGGAAGAUUUGACAGACACAUCUCUAUUGAUAUUCCCGACAUCGAAGGAAGAAAAGAGAUUUUCAAAGUGCAUUUGUCUAAAUUAACUUUGAAAUGUGAUGAGGAUAUCAAGGCUACCAAACAAGAUGUUGAUUUCAACAAGUACCAACAGUUAAAAUCUGAGGCUAUUGAAAAUUUAGCUGGAAGAUUAGGUGCGUUGACACCCGGAUUUUCCGGUGCUGAUAUCGCCAACUGUUGUAACGAAGGUGCUUUGAUUGCUGCUAGAGAAGAUGCCACUUCAGUUGACGUUCCUCAUUUUGAACAGGCAAUUGAAAGAGUCAUAGCCGGAUUGGAAAAGAAAUCUAGAGUUUUGUCUUUGGAUGAAAAGAAAACCGUCGCUUACCAUGAGGCAGGUCAUGCUAUUUGUGGAUGGUUUUUGGAAUUUGCAGAUCCAUUGGUAAAGGUUUCGAUCAUCCCCAGAGGCCAAGGAGCUUUAGGAUAUGCCCAAUAUUUACCAAAGGAUCAAUACUUGUUGUCUAAAGAACAGUACUACCACAGAAUGAUUAUGACAUUAGGUGGAAGAGUCUCAGAAGAGUUGCACUUUGACACUGUAACUACGGGAGCCUCCGACGAUUUCAAGAAAGUCACUCAAAUGGCACAAUCAAUGAUCUUGAAGUUGGGUAUGUCAGACAAAAUUGGUAGCAUAUAUUAUGAUAAUGGAGAAGAUGCUGAAGGAUACAGAGUUCACAACAAUUAUUCGGAGAAAACUGCCCGAUUAAUCGAUACUGAAGUCAAAAGGUUUAUUGAUGAAGCUUACAUUGCCUGCAAGAAAUUGUUGACUGAAAAAAUCGAAUUAGUAGACAGUGUUGCCGAAGAAUUGUAUAAGAAGGAAGUCUUAACCAGAGAAGAUAUGAUCAGAUUGGUUGGCCCAAGACCUUUCCGGGAAAGGAACGAUGCUUUUGAUAAGUAUAUUAAAGGUACCGAUGCCUUCAAGCCACGUAAAAAAAUUGAAGACCAGGGUUCAGCUGCUCCCACCAGUUAA